AUGCCAAGAGGGUGCUUCCUGAAGAUGGCAGUAGACCUGCAGAACUCCUUGGCAAAGCCUGGGAUUGAUGAACUAACAAGCUGCCAGCCAUUCUCUCACCUGAAAAGCAACGCAAAAACAGUUUCACUCCCCAAAGUGACCGAAUUGACAUGGUACAGCUGCGGACCGACGGUGUACGACCAUGCACACCUUGGGCACGCCUGCUCCUAUGUUAGGUUUUAUAUAAUUCGAAGGAUAAUGACAAGGUUUUUUGGAAUUGAAGUUCUCAUGGUGAUGGGGGUCACAGACAUAGAUGACAAGAUUAUAAAAAGAGCCAAUGAGAUGAAUAUAUCACCAGUAGCUCUUGCUCGUAUUUAUGAAGAAGACUUUAAACAAGAUAUGGCUGCCUUAAAGGUCCUUCCUCCUACGGUAUAUAUGAGGGUGACUGACAAUAUUCCUCAGAUAAUUUCCUUUAUAAAAACCAUAAUUUCCAAUGGACAAGCUUAUGCAACCUCACAAGGCAAUGUUUAUUUUGAUGUUAAAUCCUGGGGAAAAAGAUACGGAGUGUUAACUGGUAUUAACCCUGAUACCCAAGAUGAAGCAGUUGAUUCUGAUAAACGACAUGGUAGAGAUUUUGCCCUGUGGAAGGCAGCCAAGCCUCAGGAGCUGUCUUGGAAUUCUCCCUGGGGAAAAGGACGACCUGGAUGGCACAUUGAAUGUUCCACGAUAUCAAGUGCAGUGUUUGGAAAGCAGCUGGACAUUCACACUGGUGGAAUAGAUCUUGCAUUUCCUCAUCACGAAAAUGAAAUUGCACAGUGUGAGGCGUAUCAUCAGUGUGAGCAAUGGGGGAAUUACUUUUUGCAUUCUGGACAUUUGCAUGUUAAAGGAAGUCAAGAAAAAAUGUCAAAGUCAUUAAAGAACUACAUAACAAUUAAGGAUUUCCUGAAGAAAUGUUCAUCAGAUCAAUUCAGAAUGUUUUGUUUGCGUGGCAGAUACAGCUCAGCAGUAGAAUUUAGUGAGGAGAGCAUGGAAGAUGCAAAGAACCUUCUUCAGGCAAUCUCCUCAUUUAUUAGAGAUGCAAACGCUUAUAUAAAAGGACAGCUGGUGUGUGACCCUGUUAGAGAAGAUAUAUUGUGGGAAAGGCUAGCCAGCACAAAAGUAACCGUGAAGGCUGCGUUUGCUGAUGACUUUGACACCUCCAGGGCUGUUGCAGCAAUUAUGGACCUCAUUCACCAUGGCAACAGACAGCUUAAGGCUGUUACUAAGGAUGCUGGAUCUCCUAGAAGCUCUGUUGUGUAUGGAAGCAUUAUUUCCUAUAUAGAAGGCUUUUUCAAUGCCCUUGGGAUGUCCUUUGGAGAAAGACAGGUGGCUGCGGGAGGAGACAAGUCGGCAGUGCUCUCCAGUGUCAUUGAAGAGCUGGUGAGGUUCCGCACGAAGGUCCGGCAUUACGCGCUGGCUCUGCCGGAAGCGGCAGAUGCUGUGCCAGUGGAGGACAUGGUGAGAGCUGAGGAACCCAAACAGGAGCUGAAGGAAAAGAGGAAGCAGUUAAUGCGUGAGAGAAAGCCCCUCUUGGAGGCUUGUGACAGUCUGCGUGAAGACCUUGCUGCCUUUGGAAUCCACAUAAAGGACAGAGCUGCUGUUUCAACCUGGGAAAUUGUGGAAGGAGGAAAGACAGAGAAGCAGACUGAGAAAAAAAGCUGAUCCUUCAUUCUUGGACUUUUUUAUUUCAGCUACUUUGGCAACUGUUGUAAAUACUAAUUCUUUCAAAAUAAAAUCUGUUGAACAGAA